GGUUAGUGCGAAACAGGAACUCUGAGGGUGCUCAAUGAUGUGUCCGUCAGCUGACUGUUACGAGAACAGAGAUGAGGGGACCAGGUAGUCGUUUUAUCGCUACAAUCUAGUAAAAUUUCAUCAUACAUGGAUAUAUGCUAGCCUUUUACUUUAACGAGCAAUACUGAGUGGCAGUUUGCGUGCUAAAGAUUAAACGACAGUACUAAAUCAUCUAUACCCUAACAACUGUUCGCAGGUUGUUAGCUAUUGUUUUAGUUUUUACAGUCGAUCAUCUGAUCGGGAACAGAGUCUAAGUCAAACGUUACUGUGAUGCAUUUUCCAUGCAGUUCGCAGGGUCGAGCUGUCGGGAUUCGCUUGGCAUCGCUGGGACUGUCUCUACCUCAAACGCUGGCACCAUGUUUUUGGAUGUCUGUAUAAAAAAUGACACAUUGGCUAGCUAAUGCUUAUUACGAGCUCAGUUUGUUACUAGCUACGUAGCUAGCCGCAUAAGUAGCCAGUAAACAUUAAGUGGUAGAAAGAGAUAGACGGCUAAUAAGGGAUAUUUAUUGUGAUGCUCGUAAGGAGAAAGUAUAACGCCAGCUAACUGCAAGGAUAUUUGAAGGGAUUCCAAAGAAAUGGAAGACGCGCAGCAGAAUUUGCCUUUAAUCAGGCUGUUGAGUUAUGCCGUGGGACACUUUUUGAACGACUUAUGUGCCUCUAUGUGGUUCACCUACCUGUUGGUAUAUUACCACUCAGUACUCGGGUUCCAGAACGCUUAUGCAGGGGUGUUACUGCUCGUUGGGCAAAUUGCGGACGGUAUUUGCACUCCUCUCAUCGGCUACGAAUCGGACCGGACCCCAGGCUGCGGGAAAUACGGCAAAAGGAAAACAUGGCAUCUAGUGGGAACGGUCAGCGUCCUGAUCUCCUUCCCCUUCAUCUUCAGCCCAUGCCUGGGCUGCGAUGAGUACACCCCGCAGUGGGUGGGGCUCACCUACUUCAUCCCCUUCAUCAUCAUCUUCCAGUUCGGCUGGGCGGCUACUCAGAUCUCGCACCUGUCGCUCAUCCCAGAGCUGGUCUCCUGCCAGCACGCCAAGGUGGAGCUCACUGCGUACAGGUAUGCGUUCACAGUGGUGGCCAACGUCACGGUGUACGCGGUGGCCUGGCUGCUUUUUCACUUUCAGACGGGGGGGAGUGAGGACCCCUCCAUCAGUGACAACCUGGGCCGCUUCGACAUCCCUGUGUUCAGGGACCUGGCUCUGAUUGCGCUCGGCAUUGGGGUUGUGUUCUCCCUGCUGUUCCACCUGGGCACCAGAGAGAAGGGGCGACGCUCGGAGGAGGCGGACUCUGAGCCCGGGGAGCGCCAGCCCCUGAUCAUACGGCCCGAGACUGCCCUGCCCACACGACUUCUGGAGUGGAAACACUGGCUGAAGGAGCCAGCCUUCUACCAGGUGGCUUUCCUGUACAUGUCCACUAGGUUGAUUGUCAACAUGUCCCAGACCUACAUCUCCAUGUAUCUCACCAACUCUCUGAUGCUUCCCAAGAAAUUCAUCGCCACCAUCCCCUUGGUGAUGUAUCUGAGCGGAUUCCUCUCCUCCCUGGUCAUGAAACCCUUCAGCAAGCUGAUUGGUCGAAGCAUGACCUACUUUGUAGGCCUCUUGCUAAUCAUGGGCUUUUCCUACUGGGUGUUGGUGGACACAGCGAUGGGGCAGCGGGUUUAUGGGGCCGCAGUGCUGCUGGGUGCUGGGUCAGCCACGAUCCUGGUCAUGUCCCUGUCCAUGACGGCUGACCUCAUCGGGGAGCAUUCGCAAAGCGGGGCCUUUGUAUAUGGGGCCAUGAGCUUCACAGACAAGGUGGCCAAUGGCGUUGGAGUGAUGAUUAUCCAGCUGCUACACCCCUGCCAUACACAGCUGUGUUGCCCAGCCUGCGUGUGGUACUACCGUAACGUCAUGGUGAUUGUCACUGGGGGCGUGGCCUUUGCAGCCGCACUCGCCCUGUGUACCAUCCUCAUCUGGCCUAUCAGGAUCCGGCAAAACUCUCCACAGAAGCUGAUAAACAGUCCUGUCAUCAGACAGGUAGAGGCUCCGUCCGGUGUUGGCGGCCUGCUGGGAACAGAUGAGCCAGACUCUGAGGAAAGCGAGGACUGAGGGACCAUCAAAUGAGGAUCAGAGCAGCGCCUCAGGGCAGCCAUGCUGAGGCCGAGUGGGAACCACUGCUGAGCCUGAUGGUGCCCCUGUGGACCUGCUCCUCAUCCUCCGGACUCGUGGCUGCAGCUCUUUAGACAAUGUGAUUGGCUGUUGUCAUUGUGACACAGUCUGCCUCAGUCACUUUCGAUGUUUAACUAUAAACUACCUUAUAUGUUAAACACUGAAUUUAUGAAGGCUAUAUUUUAACAUAUGUCAGUAUAUUUCUCUCUCUCUCUCUCCCUCUCUCGCUCUGUCUAUAUAUAAAACAUGAAAAUGUGCAUAUAUACAGUAUAUGCAUAUAUGCACAUUUUCAUUUGGGCCAAAUAUAUGGUAUAUAUAGUGAGAGUUGUCAAUAUGUGGCACAGCUUGCUUGUAGGAGCAAAAAAACAUUGAAACCCUAAGUCCAGGUUUUAUGCAGUGUGGGAAAAGUCAUAAAUGGACUAUUACUUUAUUCCAUUAUUCCUUUCACUACCUUAGACUAUCCUUAGAGAAACCUCAUCCUAAGAAAACGGAAUAAAAGAAGCUAAUUUGGGUGUUUCAAAGGGAAUUGAGAGGACGUGUGUUCACUGAUUACAGUGGCCACAUUAUUGGACAGGUAAUGCCACUAAGAUACGCACAAAAGACUAGAGUUCAGUUCAGGGAAUGUUGUAUAUCAGUGCAAGCUGCAUUUUUUAAGGUCUCAUAGCCAAAAGAUGAAGAGGACCAAGUUAAUGUAAGCCAGUCAGGAGAUUGAAUGUCUGACUAACACUAAAAUAUGCUGUCUAUCCCAUGCAUCAUUCUUGGGAUGGAGGAAAUAUGGGCUUAUAACUUUCGCCUUCUGUGCAAUGCUUAAUCUCCAGAAAUGAAUUUUUGAAUAAUUUCAUUUACUACGUAAAUAGUGUGUGGUGACAGUGAUCAUAGCUUUGCAUUGCGCAUUCUAAUGAAAGGGAAUCAAAAUGUACAGUAAAAAGCAAACGCGGAAAUGUACUGUGUCUAUUUCUGUAGUGAAAAUGAUAUAGGCUACACAGCAAAAAAUCACCACUAAUAUGUCCCUUCUGUCUGUUUUGUGGAAGCACUUUUGUUUUUUUCGUUACAAUCCGGGCAAUCAGUUUAUAAUGCACUGAAGCAUUCACUUUUUCAGGUCGGUGUAACCUAGAAAAAGUUUACUUUUCUAAAAAGUUAUUUUUAGUUAGUCAUAAUUUGUCAUCUCUAUGCUCCUGUGCAGUAGUACUGAGUACAGUAACUACAUUUCUAAAUGAAAGGUUUACCAUUUUUAUUUUUGUAUCUCAUUGAAUUAAUUGCGAAUGUUGUAGGUGCCUUCGAUUAACUUGAAUGAUCAUGUAAGUUGUGAUCUGCAUCCCCCGCUUAUGAAAGGGGAGUAUAUCUAUGGAGUAUAUGUGAUGAGAGGACCGGAAUCUUCUUUUGCAUAUAUUGAUUGCUAUUGUUCUGUGAUUUAAUUUAGGUUUUUGGACAAUGAAUAAACAAUUACUCUGUCACAUGUAUUUCUGUGCAAACCAAUUAUAUUCUAUUUUGUACCAUGUUUCCUGAUUUUACUAUGUAUUUUAGUAUGGAUCUAAAACACCAAAACAAUGUUUUUUUGUUUUUUUUAACGUUUUUCUAUCAUGAUGAAAAUUAUAUAAAGUUGAUGCAAUCCAGACA